CCUAUAUCGACCUAUAACCAGUGCUAAAAAUGAAUUUUACCAUCGAAUUCAGAAGAUAAAAGUUGCUGAACCACGGAUUAAAUAUUUGUACAACUGGCCCUCACAGGGUAGAAAAUCUUUUUUUUCAUCUUUAUGAAGUUUUUUCUCUUUUGCACUUAUGUGCGCUCUUUGCGUCUUCCUGUAAAAGCAGACUAUUCAACUCAAUUCACGCACUGGACACGGCCUUAAACAUGAGUUAUCGAUUUCGAUAAAGAACGUUUACACAUCCCUAUUCGUUCUGUUUGUGGUUUUUAAAAAAAAGAAAUCAGCCGAAGUGCUGACAACAAAAAUCAUCUUUGAAUUUUCAAAUUAUAAACAAUUUUAUGCAAGAAAGGUGUUCGUUUUGUUUUGUUAAAGCUAAGUGAGAUUUAUAUUGAAAAAGCCGAUAUUAAAACUAUAUUUUCAAUCAUUGGGUCCUUUAUAACAAAAAACAAAAGUAAACACUCGAAAACUCUUGACAAUGGGUAAAAUAAAUAAAGAUCUACUUAAUUCAGUUAACCAUGGGGACGUAAAAAGUUUAAAAACUUUAAUAAAUCGUCAUGGUCUACAUAAUUCCGUCGCACACGGAUACAUUCUUCUCCUUAAAUCCAUCAAGCUCAAAAAUAACAAAAUAACUGAAUUACUUUUAAAUGAAGGAUCUAGAGUAAACAGAAAACGGACCAAAAGAAUUCCUUCAAAUACACCACUUCACCUUGCUAUCGAAAAUGGUGACUUAAAACUUACAGAAAUGCUCCUAGAUAAUGGUGCCGAUAUUACUGCAAAUAAUGUUAAUGGCUUGUCUCCUCUGGUGCUCGCUAUUAUUAAGAAAAAAGAAGAAAUUAUUUAUCUUAUAAUAAGAAAAAGAAGAGAUUGUAUCAAUGAUAGAUGCAAACAGGGAAUAUGUCCUCUCCAUGCUGCGGCUGAACAUGGUUCAAGUAAUAUAACUCAAAAACUCUUACAAAAUGGAGCAAUUGUUGAUGUUAAAACGACUUCCGAAUGGACACCCUUGCAAUUUGCCUCUCAAAAAGGAAAUUUGAAUAUCAUCGAAUUGCUUUUGAACAGUAAAGCUAAUAUUAAUCCUCGGACGCAUCACACUUGGGCGCCACUUUACUUAGCUGUUGACAAUUGUCAUAGGGAUGCUGCUCAAUUUUUAAUGAUUCGCGGAGCCAAAAUUAAUAACGAAUUCAAAAACGGAAAAACCGUUCUAAGUUGUGCUAUUGAAAAAUGCUUAUGGUUAGUCGAAGACAUUUUGAAAUACUCUCCAGAUAUUAACAACGCAAGCAACAAAAAAUCUUUUAAAUUCGCAGCACGUCAAAAGGACGAGUUCUAUUUUCCUAUCGUUAAAAGUCUUAUAAGAUAUGGUUUUUCUAUUGAAGCUAGUGAUAUAAAUGACACUGCUUUGCUGCGUAAUGCUGUUAAAAUGGGAUACAUAGAAAUUAUACAAGACCUCAUCAAGCACGGGCUUGAUUUGACUCAUAAUAAAUCAACAUUUUUGCUGAUUGCUGUAAAAAACAAACAAUUAGAGAUUGCAGAACUUUUUGUUACGCAUGGGGCCGAUGUAAAUUCCACAAACAAUGCUGGAAAACCUCUCAUAUUUUAUUCAGUGCAAAAUUCUGAUGUAAAAAUGUACAAACUGCUAGUUCAACAUGGGGCCGAUGCUAACGAAUACCCCGAAUUGCUAAGACUUGCAAUCAAAGGGGAAUGUAAAGAAAUUUUUGAUCAUCUACUUGAAAACAAAGUCGACAUUGAUGCUGCGGAUGAAUACGGAAGAACGCCAUUGCACUUCACUGUGUCACGCAUACUUUCCUAUGAUAAGAAUUUUCCCAAAACCAAUGCCGAGCUUGACGAAGCGAUUGGAGAAUAUAACUCAUACCAGCCAAAUAUUAAGAUAAGGACAGAAAUUGCUAAAAUACUUCUAGACAAGGGUGCAAAUAUUCAUGCUAAAACUUACCUCGAUAGAUCAACUGCUCUUCAUAUUGCCUGCGAAGAAGGAUUUGCAAAUUUAGUUGAAAUUCUUUUAGAAUAUCAAGCUGAUAUAAAUUGUUUAAAUGUGGAUGGCACACCGUUGCAUUGUGCUGCUAGAAAUAGAGACGACAAUAAAUGUAUUAUUGAAAUGCUAUUAGCGAAAAAGGCUAACAUUAAUUCAAGAAAUGGGAAUGGAGACACGGCUCUUCAUAUCACUGUUGAAAACAAUAACACAAAUAUUGCACAGACAUUGGUUAAAAAUGGCGCAGAUAUAGAUUCUAAAAACAAUAUGUAUGUUACGCCCCUCCACAAGGCUAUAACUUACAAUAGUUUUGGAGCAAUUUAUAUUCUCUUGGAACACGGGUGUUCUAUUAAUUCUAAGGACAUAUAUGGUAAUACUCCCCUUCAUCAAGCCAUUAUAUCGGGAAAUUGCUUGUUAAAAAGACUGCUUGAAUUUGGAUCUGAUAUUAAUAUUUUGAAUAACAAUAACCAAACACCUGUUGAUGUAGCAUAUGACCGUGUGGAAAAGAAUGAAAGGUAUUUUGAAGGGGACGACGGUUAUUACGGAUAUUAUGAAGAUUUACAAUACGAGCCUGAUGAGUCAUAUGAAGAUAAUAGAGAUAUGAAAAACUUUAAAAAGUUGCUCUUACAUGCAAUAAUGCUAAAAGCUGCCAAUUUAUAUUAUGGCGAAAUAGAUUUAUAUUCCUACUCGUAUUUGCGUGAUAAAAAUUUUAUGAAAUUACACGAAGAGAAAUGUACAAAAGAAAUAAUACAAUUAAAGCUCGAAAAAAUUGCAGGUACCAAAUUCAGUUUUUAUGAUAUUUUGACAAAAAAUACCCAAUCUAGCGUAAGCUUCGCUAGAAAUGAAGAUGUCGACCUAAUUUUUCAAUCAGAUGAUUAUAGAAAAAAAUUUCCAAUUUAUGCUUCCAUGCUCAAAAGAAACUUCAAAAAGGCUACUCAAAGAUGUCGAUUACUCGAAACAGCUCAUGAGUUUUUCAAAUGUUUGAAUUUUGAAAUUCCAUAUGGAUGUGCUGAUCAAAUAAUAAAUUAUUUGAGUGAUUCUGAUUUACAGAAUCUCUUUAAAUUAAUGGAAAUGCCUUCGACCCUUAAAACUUGCAAAAGUAAACACUCAACACUCUUGCCAAUGGGUAAAAUAAAUAAAGAUCUGCUUUAUUCAGUUAACCAUGGGGACGUGAAAAGUUUAAAAACUUUGAUAAAUCGUCAUGGUCUACAUAAUUCCGUCGCACACGGAUACAUUCUUCUCCUUAAAUCCAUCAAGCUCAAAAAUAACGAAAUAACUGAAAUACUACUAAGCGAAGGAUCUAGAGUAAACAGAAAACGGAACAAAAGAAUUCCUUCAAAUACUCCACUUCACCUUGCUAUCGAAAAUGGUGACUUAAAAAUAACGGAAAUGCUCUUAGAUAACGGUGCCGAUAUUGAUGCGGAUAAUAAAAAAGGCUACUCUCCUCUCAUACUCGCUAUCAUUAAGAACAAUGAAGAAAUUAUUGAUCUAUUAAUCAGAAAAAAAGCUAAUCUCAAUUAUAUAUGCAUAAAAGGUUUAAGUGCUCUAUAUGCUGCGGUGCACUAUGGUUUAUGCCAAUUAACUGAAAAACUUUUACAAAAUGGGGCAUAUGCAAACUUAAUAUCAACUAAUUCCUCAGGUAGCGGAUUUACACCGCUUCAUUAUGCCACUUUCAAUGGAAACAUAGCGAUUAUUAAAGUUCUCUUGAAAUAUGGAGCAAUUGUUGAUGUAAAAACUGAAAACGGAUAUACACCCUUGCAUUUUGCAUGUGAAAAGGGAAAUGUAGAAAUAAUCGAGCUGCUUUUAACCAAAAAUGUUGAUAUUAAUUCUCUUAAUUAUGAUGCAAUGACUCCACUCUACAUAGCUGUUCACAAUUCUCACAGAGAUGCCGCUAAAUGUUUAAUGAAUCACGGAGCCGAAAUUAAUGAAAAAUUCGACAACGUAACAACGGUACUUAGUUGUGCUGUGCAAAAAGGCUUAUCGUUGAUCGUCGAAGAUAUUCUAGAAUAUCGUCCAGAUAUUAAAAGCAAAGUCAAUAAAAAAUCAUUUAUAAAAGCUGCAAGUAAACCGAAUGAACACUAUUCACCGAUCGUAAAGAAUCUUAUAAGAUAUGGUUUUUCUGUUGAUGCUAGUGAUAUAAAUAAUAGCGAUUUGGUGAGUAAUACAAUAAAAAUGGGAUACAUAGAAAUUAUACAAGACCUGAUUAAACACGGUCUUAAUAAGGAAAAAUAUUUGUGUAGUGCUGCAAUGCAGGAGCAAUUAGAGGUAGCAGAAUUCUUUGUUACCAAUGGAGCUGAUGUAAAUGCCAUAGACUAUUUUGGGAAACCUCCUAUAGUCUAUUCGAUUAAAAAUUCCGAUUUAGAUAUGAGCAAACUUCUACUACUACAUGGAGCAAAUGUUGAAGAAUAUCCCGAAUUGCUGAGUAUUGUAAUUGAAUUGGAGUGGAAAGAAAUUUUAGAGAUGCUGCUUGAAAGAAGAGUUGAUAUUGAAGCUACAGAUGGAUUUGGAAGGACACCAUUGCACCUAACUAUCUCACACAAAUAUUCCAAAUACGAUAAGUUUAUUAACGAUUAUAAUGAUGAAGAACUCAACUAUGCGCAUGCAUACCUUUUGGCGUACCCGCCCAACAUCGAAGUAAGGACAGAAAUGGCUAAAAUACUUUUAGCCAAGGGUGCGAAUGUUCAUGCUGAAACUAUCAUGGAUAGUGCAACUCCUCUUCAUAUUGCCUGUGAAGAAGGAUUUGCAAGUAUAAUUGAAGUUCUUUUAGAAUAUCAAGCUGAUGUAAAUUAUUUAAGCGUGGAUGGUACACCAUUCCAUAUAGCCGCUACAAACGAUAAUGAAUUUGUUAUUGAAAUGCUCUUAGCGAACAAGGCGAACAUUGAUUUAAAAAAUAGAUAUGGCAAUACGGCUCUUCAUAUUGCUACAGAAUGCGAUAGCAAAAAUGUUUUGAAAACAUUGCUUAAAAAUGGAGCAAAUGUAAAUUCUAGGGACAAAAAAGGUAGAACGCCCUUUCAGUUAGCUUUAGAAAAUAAAAAUCUUGGAACUUUUGCCAUUUUUUUAGACUACUUGGGCUCUUCCAUAGAUUCUAAGGACAUUGAUGAUAAUACGCCACUUCAUAAAGCUAUUAUGUUAGCGGACAGAUCUAUAAUUGAAUCUCUACUUAAUUUGGGAUCCAAUAUUAAUAUUUUGAACAACAACAACCAUACACCUAUUGAUUUAGCAGAUCAUUUACAUUUUUCUCAAUUAAGCUGUAUUUCUAAAUGCAAGAAUACAGUCUAUAGUCAUGAUCUUUAUAAUGCCAACAACAUUGAUACGUCUAAAAUUUUGCUCUUACAUGCAAUUAUGUUAAAAGCUGCAAAUUUGUAUUAUGGCAAAAAAGAUUUAUAUUCAUAUUUGGCUGAUAAUGAUUUCAUGAAAUCACAUGAAGAGAAAUGUACAAAAGAAAUAGUUCAGCUAAAACGCUUUAAAGUUGCAAGCAAAGAACACAGCUUUUAUGACAUUUUGACAAAAAGUGUUCAUUCAACGGCAAGCUUCGUGAAAAAUGAAGAUGUUAUACGAAUUUUGGAGUCGGAUCAUUAUAAAGAUAAAUUUCCAAUAUAUGUUUCUAUGCUGAAAAGAAACUUAGAAAAGGCUACUCAGAGAUGUCCAUUGCUCGAAAAAGCUCAUGAGUUUUUCAAAUCUUACUUCAAAACUCCGUACGAAUGUACUGAUCGGAUAUUAAGUUAUUUGAGUAAUGAAGAUUUACAGAAUUUUGUAAUGUAAUGAAAAUGCCUGCUAAUUUUAAAACUCAAUGUGUGUGUAAGU